UAACAAUAAAAACCAUAUGACACCUAAUUCCUCCCUCCAUCUCUAUUGUCUCUUUCUCUCUGCUCUCUCCCGCAAGGCUCCAGCUUGGAUGUGCAUGGAGUCUCUCUGCCUCCUGGUUUUCUAGGUUUUUCUGAUGCUCCGGUGCUGUGCGACAGGUGAUUUGCCUCCGCCACUUCUUUGAAAUGAGGGAAAUUUUCAACCCGGAGUCGUGAAUUCGGUGUUUCGGAGGUAAUCGAGAGGAAAUUUCUAGGGUUUUGUGAAGAAAUCGGCCGUUAAUUUCGAAAAUGCCAGGCAGCGGAUCGAAGUCGGAGAAACGGGAAGCUGAGAAGCAUCUCCGGCGAGACCCUUAUGAGGUCCUCGGCCUCAAUAGGAAUUCCACCGACCAGGAAAUCAAAAGUGCUUACCGAAAAAUGGCUCUCAAGUACCAUCCUGACAAAAAUGCUAAUGACCCUAAAGCAGCUGAUAUCUUCAAGGAGGUCACGUUUUCUUAUAAUAUGUUGUCUGAUCCAGACAAACGGCGUCAGUAUGACACAGCCGGCUUUCAGGCUGUUGAAACAGAAAGCCACGACUUGGAGCUAGAUCUUUCAAGUUUGGGUGCUGUAAAUACCAUUUUUGCUGCCCUUUUUAGUAAACUAGGAGUGCCAAUAAAGACCACCGUAUCAGCUACUGUCUUGGAGGAGGCACUAAAUGGCAUGGUCACUGCCCGUCCACUUCCAUUGGGGCACUCUAUAACGAAAAAGGUUGAAAAGCAAUGUGCUCACUUCUAUUCUGUUACAAUAACGGAAGCAGAAGCAAGAGCUGGAUUUGUGUGCCAAGUGCAAUCGUCAGACAAAAGCAAGUUCAAGCUAUUAUAUUUUGAUCAGGAAGAGACGGGUGGAUUGAGCCUUUGCCUACAGGAGGAUAGUGCAAAAACAGGGAAGGUCACAUCUGCUGGGAUGUAUUUUCUUGGUUUCCCUGUAUAUCGAUUGGAUCAAACAUCCAACUCGAUGGCUAGUGCAAAGGAUCCUGAUGCUGCAUUCUUCAAAAAGCUGGAUGGGUUUCAGCCAUGUGAAUUAACGGAACUGAAAGCAGGCACCCAUGUGUUUGCUGUUUAUGGUGACAAUUUUUUUAAAAGUGCAAGCUACACGAUAGAAGUUCUUUCUUGUGGACCUUUUGCAGAAGAAAAGGAAAGUUUAAGGGCGGUGGAAGCUCAAAUACUUUCAAAAAGAGUGGAGUUGUCCAAAUUUGAAACCGAGUACAGAGAGGUUCUAGCACAAUUUACAGAGAUGACCUCCAGAUACACACAAGAAAUGCAAGAGAUUGACGAGCUUCUCAGGCAGAGGAAUGAAAUUCAUGCCUCUUAUACUCUUGCUCCUCCAAUGAAGCGGAGUUCAAGUAGGAGUAGAAAUAAGGGUCAGCCUAAGGAGGUCAAAGAAGAUGGUCAAGUGAGAGAUAAGAAACCUUCGUUUAGAGAUCGAUCUAAGAAGAGCAAAUGGUUCAACCUUCACUUAAAGGUUGACAAAAGAAAACCUUGCUGACCGGGGGAAUCAAUCAGGCAGUCUCUUUCCAGUUCUUGGUUCUGGUGGUUUUGGCAUCCAUUUAAGCAAAGUACAAGGUGACCAGAAUUGCGUUAAACAACCGCGUAAGGAUACGAUUUGGCUCCAUUAGUCAAGCAUGGCAUGAUGACGGCAGCUCAUUGUUAAUGUAAAAUUCUUUAAUUUUUUUUUUUUUUUUUUCUUAAUGCGCUUGUUAUUUAUCCUGUUCCUUUUGCGUCGGCAUUGUCAUCAAAUCACACAUGUAAAUUGGCACAAUUUGUUCGAUGAACUCGUUGCGUGGGUACUAGUCAUUUUGGAUUAAGGAAUGAAAAAGUAUGGCAGGAUUGUAUUUGCUUC